AUGAACACUUCGGUAACUUCCAUAAAGCUGGUACUGUUGGGUGAGGCAGCAGUUGGUAAAUCGUCAAUAGUCCUAAGAUUUGUAUCUAAUGAUUUCGCCGAAAAUAAGGAACCUACUAUUGGUGCGGCAUUCCUCACUCAAAGAGUUACUAUAAAUGAGCAUACUGUUAAGUUUGAAAUAUGGGACACUGCUGGACAAGAGAGAUUUGCAUCUUUAGCACCUAUGUACUAUAGAAACGCACAAGCAGCUCUUGUAGUAUACGACGUGACAAAACCACAAUCUUUUAUUAAAGCUCGCCACUGGGUUAAGGAACUACAUGAACAAGCAUCAAAGGAUAUCAUUAUUGCGUUAGUUGGUAAUAAGAUCGAUAUGCUGCAAGAAGGUGGAGAAAGAAAAGUUGCAAGGGAGGAAGGUGAAAAGCUAGCGGAAGAAAAGGGCUUGUUGUUCUUUGAAACGAGUGCAAAGACAGGAGAAAACGUUAACGAUGUAUUCUUGGGAAUCGGUGAAAAGAUACCACUGAAGAGAGCCGAAGAACAAAAUAACGCUAAUGAUGAACAUGAGUCGAACAAUCAAAGAGUGGAUUUGAAUGCCGCUAAUAAUGGGACCGGAGCAAACAGUGCUUGCAGUUGUUAG